AUGGGCAUAGACUCUUCUCAGGUUGACUGGGAUUCUAACGAUGAAUUCUUCAAAUUCACGCGUGGCCGCUUUAUUGUAGAUGAGGUCGAGAAUCUUCGAAAGCGAGAGAUCAGAUUCGACAUGAAUAGGCUCGCAAGUGUCGCAGCAGACUCAGUCGGAGCCGCUCGAUGUAUUUCCAUCAAGAAGUACCCUGACGGCAUGUUCAAUAAAGCAUUCCUCAUGUCUAUGGGCAAUGGCCGAGAAGUCAUAGCCAAGGUGCCUAACCCGAAUGCUGGCGUUUCACACUUUACUACGGCCAGUGAAGUCGCCACGAUGGACUUCGCCAGAAAACAUCUUGACACCCCAGCGCCUCGCGUAUACGCAUGGAAUUCGCAAGCAAAAUCGCACCCCGUUGGUGCUGAGUUUAUCAUCAUGGAGAAAAUUGAAGGUGUUCCGCUGUCACAAGUCUGGAGCACGAUGACACUGCCCCAAAAGCUUCAAUUGCUUCUUGCCAUGACACGUCUCCAGAAGCAGUGGCUGAGCGUUUCAUUCUCGCAUUACGGCAGCUUGUACUACACGGGAGAUGUGCAACCACCACCAGGCAACCACUACAUCAAGGAUGGCAAGGCCGUCACAGAUCCGGAGUUUGCUAUUGGCCCGGCUACAGGCCGGGAUUGGUUUGAUGCAGGCAGAUCAAUUUUGGACGUUGAGAAAGGGCCAUGGGCUUCUCUAGCGCAGUAUCUGCAAGCAAUUGCCUUAUUCUGUGGCCCAAAGCUCUACCGGCCAGACACGGAAAAGAAAAUAACUGCUUUGGCAUGUUACCGACAAGUCGUCGAUGCCCUUAUCCCAAAGGAUACAGCCAUCACCUGCCCCUGUCUCUGGCAUAAUGAUUUGCAUGAUGACAACGUCUUCGUAGACCCGCAUAAUCCCGAAAAGAUUACGGGUAUUAUCGACUGGCAAUCUUGUCACAUCUCGCCCCUCUUCAACCAUAAUCCCGAUCCAGCCUUCCUCGACUGGGAUGGCCUUGAGCCUGAAACGCUCGAUCUGGCACCACGGCCGAAACUCUCCGGGCUUUCACCAGAAGAACGGUCCGCGGCUGUGCAUGAGUAUACCAUCCAAAAUGUGUUCAUUGGAUGGCGGAAACUCAUGCAUGCCAAAAACCCAGACCUAUAUCAAGUAGUCGAAUUCCGAAAGACGGCUGCAUACGGGCUGAUAUUUCUUGCUCACCGAAUGUUCGAAUACGGCGAGGCGCACUUCCAAUCGCUUCUGGUUGAUCUGAAGGACACGUGGGCGGACUUACCUGCUGUCACCAGCGACAUUCCGUUCCCAUUCAACUUUUCGGAAGCAGACUUCGAGCGUAUCAAACAGGAUAGCGAUGGUGCAGUGGCAGGAACCGAGCUUGUUGCGGAGGUCAAGGAGAGAAUGGGCGAUCUGUGGCCGGACAAGGGCUUCAUCGAGCACGAGCGAUACGAUGAAUGCAGAGCUGCCCUCCACGAAAUCAAAGAUCAGAUAUUGGAGCAAUUGGCUGAAACUGACGAGGAAAGGGCUGAGUACGAGCGUCAUUGGCCAUUUGAAUGA